AUGGCUUCCUACGACACAGUUCCCAAGAGUGCAAAGACUCAACCCACCAGAUACAAUGUCUCGAUCCCGGAGGAGAAGCUACAGCAGAUGAAGCAACUCAUCAGCCUCUCCCCCAUCGGCCCUGAGACCUACGAGAAUCUGCAGGAAAGUCGUGAUCUCAAUGACUUUGGCAUCUCGCGCAAAUGGCUCGAGAACGCAAAGGCCGCGUGGGAGAAAUACGAUUGGCGUGCUACCGAAUCCCACAUCAACUCCUUUCCUCACUUCACUCUUCCCGUCAAGGACGACGAUGGCCGCACCUACAACAUCCACUUCGUUGCCCUGUUCUCUACCAACCCGGCUGCAAUUCCCAUCGCCUUCUUCCACGGCUGGCCCGGCAGCUUCCUCGAAUUCCUGCCCAUGCUCGAGCUCCUCAAGAAGAAGUACCCGAGCCCCGAUAAGCUCCCAUACCAUAUCAUCGUGCCCUCGCUUCCCGGCUUCGCCUUCUCGGACCGCCCGCCAAAGGACAAGGACUGGUCCGGUUCCGACAGCGGCCGUCUCAUGCACAAGCUGCUGGAAGCCCUCGGAUUCGGCGAGACGGGCUACGUGGUGCAGGGAGGAGACAUCGGAAGCUACGUCAGUAGGCACAUGGCAUCCCACUACGACGCCUGCAAGGCCGUCCUCCUCAACUUCUGCCCCGUCCCCAAGCCCGACAACGUCUCCGACUCGGACAUCACCGACGAAGAGCGCAACGCCCUCGCCCGCGGCGACGCCUUCCGCACCGCCGGCAUCGCCUACGCCAUGAAGCACGCCACGCGUCCGUCGACCAUCGGCCUGGUGCUCUCGACCAGCCCCCUCGCCCUGCUAGCCUGGAUCGGCGAAAAAUUCCACACCUGGACCGACCGCUUCCCGGCCCCCCUCUCCACCACGCUCGACUCCGUCACCCUCUACUGGCUCACCGCCACCUUCCCCACCUCCAUCUACACCUACCGCCACGGCCUCGGCCCGCGCGCCGCCAAGACCAACUUCCACGCCCAGCCCGAGAACCGCAUCCCGGCCGGCACGGCCUUUGGCUAUUCGUGGUUCCCCGGCGAGAUCAUGCCGACGCCGCGGGCGUGGGCGGCGGCGACGGGGGAGGAGCUGGUGUGGCAUAGGCGGCACGAGAGGGGGGGCCAUUUCGCGGCGAUGGAGGAGCCGGCGGCGAUGUUGGGGGAUGUGGAGGAUUUUGUGGGGGAGGUGUGGAAGUGA